UUGUUGACAGGUGCUAACAGCGGCGUUGGAUUUGGCUGUGUACAGCGGAUUCUCGACCAUUGCCGUCCUGCACUCCUCUGCAAAGAUCUCAAGCUUAUACUCAUCUUGACUGUUCGCAGCAAAGCCAAAGCCGACUCCAUCAUCGAUCGCCUGACAAAAGAGAUUGAACAAUUUGGAGAACAGCUACACAUUCAAUUCGAAAUGCUCGACUUGGUAAGCAUCUCGUCCACUGAAGCGCUUUGUAAGCGUCUUCAGAAACAGCACAUUGAUUCCUGCAUCUUCAAUGCCGGCAUGUCUGAUCUAGAGCGAUUCGACCUAGGAAUGUUUGCGAAGCAACUCUUGACCGCCCCCAUAGCAGCACUGUCAACGCCAAACUACAAUAUUCAACGAAUCGGUGGAAAGACUGCAGAUGGAUAUGGUGUUGCGUUUCAAGCCAACCUGCUCAGCCACUACUACCUCUCCAAACGACUUGCAGGGUCUAUUGAUUCCAUUGUUUGGAUGUCGAGCUUGGAAGCCACAGCAAAGGCGUUUGAUCCGGAAGACUUGCAAGCGUUGACGCACGCACACGCAUAUGAAUCAUCGAAGCGACUCAUGGAUGUGCUGUACACAACUGUGCUUAAGCAAAAGGGCCAUUUCCUUGUACAUCCAGGCUUUUGUGCGACCAACAUUGUGAGCACUGUACUUCCAACCUACUUGCCACUUGGUCUUGUUCAAGCUGCAUGGCAAGGAUGUUUCUAUGCUUUGAUGUAUCUAGGCAGUCAGUGGCAUGUCGCCUCUGCAUAUAAUGGUGCCUAUGCAGCAUCGACCCUCGCUACAUCUUUCUUGCUUGAGGUAGAUGCGUCUCGCUAUGUCGGCAAAAAGAUGGGCAGUGCUGGGGACCGCCUAGGUCAGCUCCGUCUCGCGCCAACACACAUGGAUCCCAUCACGGCAGCGGAA